AUGCCAAGAGAAGACGCCCAGCUCAUACAUGGUUACCCCAGGAAGGGGCACGGCCAUGCCUCCAUCACAGCUGAAGAGGCCGUGGGGAUUGGCAUCCUGACAGUGAUCCUGGGAAUCUUAUUGCUCCUUGGCUGCUGGUAUUGUAGAAGACGAAGCGGAUACAGAAUCUUGAAGGACAAAAGCCUUCAUGCUGGUACCCAGAGUGGCCUGACAGGAAUAUACCCAUGCAAGGAACUUGCUCAUCAGGACAGCAAACUGCCGUUUCAAGAGCACAACUGUGGACUUGUGGUCCCUAAUGCUCCACCUGCCUAUGAGAAACUCUUGGCAGAACAGCCACCCCCACCUUACUCACCCUGAAAGCCAGCAAGGCACCUGAGAGAUGCUGAAAUGAUUCCCUUUACACUUUGGCUUGAAUUCCAUCUGGAUGACUUAUGUUCUGCUCUGGAAUGCUGUGGCGACAGUGUGUACAACCUCUGAUAAUAAAGUUAGCGUCACAUUCUUAGGAGAGUAACUAGCAGUAGUAAUCAAGCAAGGAAAUUAUGAGAAAUAUUAAACUGGGAAAAACUUUGCCAAUAAACCUUGUAAUGCAUGCUACUCUCUGUGCCAGUAGUAAUUGCUAACCAAUCUAUGGUGUUAUUUCCUGAGGGGUAGAAUUCAAGUAUGGUUCCCUGGGUGGUGCAGAUGGUUAAGUGCUUG